ACGCAUAUACAUACAGAAUCUGUAUCUAUACACGUAGAUUCACACACUGCUUUCUAUCCUUUUAAUUCUCUUUAAAACCCCUCACAUGUUGGUGCCUUUUAGUGCUACUUUUUUACAAAUCUGGAAAUGGAGGCGGUCAAGCUCUGAGGAAUGCAAAGGUUAUUGUGAUUGUGGUGAUUGUUUAACCGCCGGAAAUGGGGAAGAAGGAAGAAGGCGGAGGCGGCGGAUGGUUUUCUACGGUGAAGAAGGUGUUCAAGCAGUCUCCGAGUAAGGGAUUGAAGCCUGACAAGAAGAAGCAAAGUUGGGAGAAACGACAAUGUGUGGCGCCGGAUGAAGUCGUGUCCAUCCAGACUCUUCCUGCAGAAAGUUCGCCGAAGAAUGCCGUCAUCAAGAACAGAGAUUCCCCUGCUCAUCAGAAUCAAGCAAUGGCUGUUGCCGAGGCCACUGCAGCUGCAGCCGAGGCAGCCGUUGCAGCUGCUCACGCUGCAGCUAAAGUGGUUAUGUUAGCCGGAUAUCGCCACCAUUCGAAUGAAGAAAGGGCUGCAACUCUCAUACAGUCUUACUACAGAGGAUAUUUGGCGAGGCGAGCUUUACGUGCAUUGAAGGGCUUGGUGAGGUUGCAGGCGCUAGUGCGAGGCCACAACGUGCGCAAACAAGCGCAUAUGACGAUGAGGUGCAUGCAGGCGCUUGUUCGCGUGCAGGCACGUGUGCGCACCCGUAGGUUCCAAAUGGCUCAUGUGGAAGACACUGAUGCCGCAGUUCAAAAGAACGAACAACGGCGCAAGAGGGACCAAAGCGCAAAUCGGAUUCCGAAGAGCCCUUCUAGAAAAGUUCACAGCCCUGAGAUGAAAAUGGAGCAGCCUCUUGCCUAUGCCUUAGCUCACCAGCAUCGUCAUCAACAACAAUUGAACGGGGAACAUGUUAGGCCCCGUGGCUACGGGGCGUACAGCCCACAAUGGGGUUGGAACCGGCUCGAACGAUGGAUGGCGUCCCAAUCGAAUAUGCUGCCCGAAACCACCACCGCCACCACGACAACCACCUUCGACAAUGAAUCAGAGAUAACAGUCGAAAUGGACUUACCCAACAUACCAUUGGGCUCGGACAAUUUAAGUAUGAUCCAUCGCAACAUAGACUAUAUCAUCUCGAGCCCAAUUUCAUCACGACAACAAAAAUUAUUGGACUCUAGAGACAUCCCGAGCUACAUGGCCCCGACCCAAUCCCAAUCCGCCAAAACAAAACCCCGAGCCCAAGGCCCAACUAGGCAGCCCAGCCCACAAGCCCGGCAAUGGAACUCCUCCACAAAGAGAAGUAGCCCUAUUGGGUUGGGUUACGAAUCGUCGAGCUCUGAUGGUCGCUCUUCAAUUUAUCGACCCAAAACUAAUUCAUCUUCGAAGGAAAGUCACAUUAGACAAACAAAGUUGAUGAACAGCCCAGAAUCAGUGAGUGAGGAUUGGGCUAAUUUUAAAGUUAAUUGUGGCUGAUUUUUACCUUUGUGUGAUAUAUAUUUAAUAUGGUGUGUGAUGUUUGGUUUCAUUUCUUAACUUCAGCAAAUGUAACGAAGCUUUCUUUGUCAAGAAAACAUAGCUCAAAUAUAUUGCAUAUAAAAAUUAAAUAAAUACAAGUCACUAUUAGUGUAUUAUCGUUGAGAGAAUUUGUUGUUU